UGGUGAUUUACGCCAAUACAUAUGCAAUAAUAUGACUACUUUAUCAUGGAUAGAUAGAUUAUUUAUAAUAUGGGAUAUUAGUUUGGAUUUAGAGCGAAUACAUAAGGCCGGACUCAUUCAUCGUGACAUUCAUCCUGGUAACAUAUUGCAUACACGAGAAGUCGAUCAUUUACUCUGUGAGAUUCCCAUACACACCGGAGUGGCAUAUAUUGCAGAUUUUGGCCUUUCAAUGGCAUCCAGCAUUAGUCAUCGUAGUACAUUGAAAGUUUAUGGUGUAAUGCCUUAUAUAGCUCCGGAAGUACUUCGUGGAGAAGAUUUGCAAAGGAUUACGCCCACAACCUUGCCCAAAUACAUUGCCUUUUUACCUUCAGUUAAUGCAAAAUUGCUGGGAUGA